GGAGCCUUUGCGGGCAUGGGAGGGACACCCCUUGUCCCUCAAUCUAGCUGCCUUACACUUGGAGUUGUCCAAGUGUUGUCUGUGGGUCUAGAAGCCAGGAAGCCACACUUGCGAUGGCAACUUUGGUUGUUUGGGCCUACAAAAGGAAUACUGCAGGUGGGCCAUGAACCUAUGCCCCCCACCAUCGGGACCAACGUCCUGGGGAGGAAGGUCCUCUACCUGCCGAGCUUCUUCACCUACGCCAAGUACAUCGUGCAGGUGGACGGGAAGAUAGGGCUGUUCCGAGGCCUGAGCCCCCGGCUGAUGUCUAAUGCGCUCUCCACCGUGACCCGGGGCAGCAUGAAGAAGGUGUUCCCUCCGGACGAGAUGGAGCAGGUGUCCAACAAGGACGACAUGAAGACUUCUCUAAAGAAAGGGGGGUCUGUUGUGCCCCCCGGUGACCUUGCAUUCCUGCCCUGCCUUCUCGACAGUGGUGUGCUGAGCUCCAUUGGGAAGAUCUUCAAAGAGGAGGGGUUGCUGGGAUUCUUCGUAGGCUUAAUUCCUCACCUCCUGGGAGAUGUGGUUUUCUUGUGGGGCUGUAACCUGCUGGCCCAUUUCAUCAAUGCCUACCUGGUGGAUGACAGCUUCAGUCAGGCCCUGGCCAUCCGGAGCUACACCAAGUUUGUGAUGGGGAUCGCUGUCAGCAUGCUGACCUACCCCUUCUUGCUGGUCGGUGACCUCAUGGCUGUGAACAACUGCGGGCUGCAGGCAGGGCUCCCCCCAUACUCUCCAGUGUUCAAGUCCUGGAUCCACUGCUGGAAGUACCUGAGCAUGCAGGGCCAGCUCUUCCGGGGCUCCAGCCUGCUCUUCCGCCGGGUGUCCUCGGGCUCAUGCUUUGCCCUCGAGUAACCAGAAUCCCUCUCAGCAAACCAGCCAUGUCGUCACAGCCCAGCCCCCCCACCCCUGGACUACCUGCAGGGCAGGCCGGCUCCCCCCAGCAACACUACAUGUGCUCCGGCCCAGCAGCGCUUCUGUUUUCAUAUGCGCCGUGUGUCCAGAGAUGGGAGGUGGGGCGAAGGAGGGUGGCCCACACCACCCAUGGGUCGACUGGGUCACCUGUUAGCCCCGCGGAAGGCGGCUGGGUGGGGUUGCUGAGCCUGGCUGGGACAGCGGCCCAGGGAGCAACUGGUGAAGGCCCAGGUUGGGCGAGGAGUGAAAGGCUAACAGGGUCAGAUCCCACCCCCGACGUGUACCCCGGAGUCAGCCCCACACUCAACCCUCAGCUCAGCUAGAAGCUCCCUCCCGCUUUGUAAAUAAGGCCUGACACCCAGCCACCCCUCAAGAGGCCUCCGUUGUGCCCAGGCCUGGGCCAGGGGCACGUGUUCUGCCCGUUUUCCUCAACACUACUUGUCUGCCAGGAGGGCAGCACUUUGAUGUGGGAAUCCUGGAAGUGCUCAGGAUUUCCUGGUCUGAUGUACCUCCUUACAGGGAUGCCCUCCCCCCAUGGGGUUGGGCUGCCUGUGUGGCCAGGAAUAUCCAGAAGUCCUGCCAAUCAGAGUCUCUGGUUCUGCCCAGUUGGACAAUUCAUGAUGAAAUUGGAUCCUUUUCCUCCUCAAAUAAACGUACUGUGGUGAUUUGGA